AUGGAAAGAGAACUAGUGGCCCCGCAAGACGUUCAACUCGAGGAUGAGAUUUUGAAGAAAGCUGUCCAUAACUAUAAAGGGAAAAACUGGAAGAAGAUAGCUGAAUAUUUCAAGGAUCGAACUGAUGUCCAGUGCCUCCACAGGUGGCAGAAGGUCCUUAAUCCUGAACUUGUUAAAGGGCCAUGGACCAAGGAGGAAGAUGAAAUGAUCGUUCAGUUAAUCCAAAAAUAUGGGCCCAAGAAGUGGUCCACUAUUGCUCGAUAUUUACCUGGCCGUAUUGGAAAGCAAUGUAGAGAGAGGUGGCACAAUCAUCUCAAUCCUGCCAUAAACAAAGAAGCUUGGACUCAAGAAGAAGAGCUGGUUCUGAUUCGUGCUCAUCAAAUCUACGGUAAUAGAUGGGCAGAGUUAACAAAGUUCUUGCCUGGAAGGUCGGAUAAUGGAAUUAAAAAUCACUGGCACAGUUCGGUUAAGAAGAAACUCGAUUCCUACAUGUCCUCUGGCCUUUUGGAUCAGUACCAAGCCAUGCCUCUAGCUCCUUAUGAGAGAAGCUCCACGUUACAAUCUGCCUUUGUCCACACAACUACAGAUGGUAAUGGCUGCCUAAGUGGACAGGCGGAGAACGAAUUAGAAAACUCUCAGAGUUCAAGCAUGGCUGGUUGCUCUCUAUCUGCAAGAGAUUAUCAAAAUGGAGUAAUAAACAUGGGGCACCAUUUUCACCCCUGUGAAAGCUCUUACAAGAAUGAGCAAGCUGCAUAUCAUUCGGAUCAGUAUUAUUUUCCGGAGUUAGACGAUAUCUCGGUCUCCAUCUCAGAAGUAUCUUAUGACAUGGAGGACUGUUCACAGUUUCCUGAUCAUAAUGUCUCGGCUUCUCCGAGCCAAGAUUACCAAUUCGAUUUUCAGGAUCUAUCGGAUAUUUCACUGGAGAUGAGACAUAAUAUGUCAGAGGUACCGAUGCCAUACACCAACGAGAGCAAGGAAUCUAGUCUGGGAGCUCCAAAGUCUAUAGAUGUAGCUACGUACACCAACCAAACAAGUGUUUCGUCUGAAACGGAAUGUUGCAGGGUCCUUUUCCUUGAUCAAGAGAGUGAAGAGCUCUCAGCUUCAGACAGCCAGAUUUCAGAAGUUACCAAAUCUCCUAUGCAGAGCUCUUCUUCAAGGUUCAUUGCAACAUCCGCCUCUGUCAAAGAAACUCUCCGGCCAGCUCCUUUAAUCAUAUCACCCGAUAAGUAUGCCAAGAAGUCACCUGUAUUGAUAUGUCAUCCUUUUGAAGCAGAACCAAACUGCAGAACAGAUGAAAACGGUAGCUUCAUAUGCAUCGCCGAUCCAUCAAGCUCUACUUGCGUUGAUGAAGGGCCUAAUAACUCCAGCGAAGAUGAUCAACCAUAUCAUCUGAAUGAUUCCAAAAAGUUGGUUCCGGUGAACGAUUUUGCAUCUCUGGCAGAAGUUAAGCAACACUCUAUUCCUAAGCAUGAGCCAAACAUGGCAAGCGAGCAGCAUCAUGAGGAUACGGGAGCAUCAUCAUCAUCAAGUCUCUGUUUCCCAAGCUUGGACCUACCUGUUUUCAGCUGUGAUGUUUUACAAUCCAAAAACGAUUCGCUGCACGACUAUAGCCCUCUUGGCAUACGCAAGCUACUGAUGUCCACCAUGACGUGCAUGAGUCCCCUUCGGCUGUGGGAAUCUCCCACUGGAAAAAAGACGUUGGUUGGUGCAAAGUCUAUCCUGAGGAAACGCACCCGUGAUCUGCUGACACCGCUAUCUGAGAAAAGAAGUGAUAAAAAGCUUGAAAUUGAUAUAGCAGCCAGUCUUGCAAAGGACUUUUCACGUCUAGAUGUGAUGUUUGAUGAGACUGAGAGUCGAGAAUCUAUCUCUGGAAAUAGCAAUGGUGUCGAUCUUGGAGAUAAGGAAAACCAGUUUCAAAUGUUAAAUGGAGAAGGUGAAGAGAAUUGGAGGGGUAAGCCUUCUUCAGUCUUUAGUCACAGAAUGCCAGAAGAAACCAUGCAUAUAGGAAAGUCACUUGAAAAACCAGAGAAAACUUGCACGGAGGAGGCAAACGUCAGGAAAAAGAAUGAUUCAGAACCAGAUGUUGGAAAUGCUGAAAGUUUCUCUGGCGUUCUUUCUGAGAACAAUACCAACAAGCCAGCACUGUCUUCUCCUGGUCAAUCAGUAACCAAAGCAGAGAAGGCACAAGUUUCAACCCCAAGAAAUCAUUUGCAGAGAACUCUCAUGGCUACUUCUAACAAAGAACAACAUUCUUCUGCAAGUCUUUGUCUGGUCAUCAAUUCGCCUUCUCGAGCGAGAAACACCGAGGGUCAUCUGGUUGACAACGAGAAUUUCAGCAUAUUCUGUGGAACUCCAUUCAGAAGAGGUCUUGAAUCUCCCUCAGCCUGGAAAUCUCCGUUUUAUGUAAACUCUCUCUUGCCCAGCCCAAGGUUUGACACAGAGAGGUUUGACACAGAUAUAACUAUCGAGGACAUGGGAUACAUUUUCAGCCCUGGGGAGAGAAGCUACGAGAGCAUAGGAGUGAUGACGCAGAGAAAUGAGCAUACAAGUGCAUUUGCAGCAUUCGAUGCAAUGGAAGUUUCACUUUCGUCAAGCAAUGAUGAUGCAAGGAAGAUGAAGGAACUGGAUAAAGAGAAUAAUGAUCCUCUACUGGUGGAGCGUCGAGUGCUGGACUUCAACGAUUGCGAGUCUCCCACCAAAGUAGCAGAACAAGUCUCAUCCUACCUCAAUACAUAA